UAACCCUUUCCUUAUAUAGUUUUCUUUGUUGUGUGUAAAACUCCAGUUGCUAGAGGCGCCGCCGCCGCUUCUCUCAAACCCUCAAACUCUGAAACCUUCGAACUCUGAAACCUUCGUCGUCCCCUCUCUCACUCUGUCGUAAAAUCAGUAAGUAAACAUGGUUCAAUAUAACUUCAAGAAGAUGACUGUUGUACCAAAUGGGAAGGACUUCAUUGACAUUAUCCUGUCUCGCACUCAGAGGCAGACCCCAACUGUAGUCCACAAGGGUUAUGCCAUUUCCCGCCUUCGUCAGUUCUAUAUGCGCAAAGUCAAAUAUACCCAACAGAAUUUUCAUGAAAAGCUCUCCACAAUAGUUGAUGAGUUUCCUAGGCUGGAUGACAUCCACCCUUUUUAUGGCGACCUCCUUCAUGUUCUCUACAACAAAGACCACUACAAGCUUGCACUUGGCCAAAUCAAUACUGCGAGAAAUCUUAUUGGAAAGAUUUCUAAGGAUUAUGUGAAGUUGUUGAAGUAUGGUGAUUCACUUUACCGAUGCAAAUGUCUCAAGGUCGCUGCUCUUGGCCGCAUGUGCACGGUUAUAAAGAGGAUCGGUCCUAGUUUAGCUUACCUGGAACAAAUUAGGCAGCACAUGGCAAGGCUACCUUCAAUUGACCCUAAUACCAGGACAGUAUUGAUUUGUGGGUAUCCGAAUGUUGGAAAGAGCUCGUUCAUUAACAAGAUCACAAGGGCUGAUGUGGAUGUCCAGCCCUAUGCUUUUACCACCAAGUCACUCUUUGUGGGGCAUACAGAUUAUAAAUACCUGAGGUACCAGGUAAUUGAUACACCAGGGAUCUUGGACCGACCAUUUGAAGACCGUAACAUUAUUGAGAUGUGCAGCAUCACAGCUUUGGCCCACUUGAGAGCUGCGGUUUUGUUCUUCUUGGACAUCUCAGGGUCUUGUGGGUACAGCAUUGCCCAACAAGCAGCUCUUUUUCAUAGCAUCAAGUCUCUGUUUAUGAACAAACCAUUGAUUAUAGUCUGCAACAAGACUGAUUUGCAGCCAUUGGAUGGUAUAUCCGAGGAAGACAAGAAGUUGGUCGCAGAGAUGAAAUCUGAAGCUAUGAAGACAGUGAUUGGUCAGGGAGGUGAGGCUACAAAUGAUGAUGGGGUACUCUUGACCAUGAGUACUUUGACUGAGGAGGGGGUAAUUGCCGUAAAGAAUGCAGCUUGUGAGAGGUUGUUGAAUCAGAGAGUUGAGCUGAAGAUGAAAUCCAAAAAGAUAAAUGAUUGCUUAAAUCGUUUUCAUGUUGCCAUGCCAAAGCCUCGUGACAACAAGGAAAGGCCCCCAUGCAUACCUCAGGCAGUUAUAGAAGCUAAGAUUAAGCAAGCAGCGGAGAAGGAAAAGAGACAGACAGAAAGGGAUUUGGAGAAUGAGAAUGGUGGUGCAGGUGUAUACUCUGCCAGCUUGAAGAAGCAUUAUAUCUUAGCUAAUGAUGAAUGGAAAGAGGAUGUCAUGCCAGAAAUUCUUGAUGGGCACAAUGUGUCUGACUUUGUUGAUCCUGAUAUUUUACAUAGGCUUGAGGAGUUGGAACGAGAAGAAGGACUCCGUCAGGAAGAGGACGGUGAUGAUUUUGAGAUGGAUGGAUUGGAAUUGACUCCAGAAGAGAAAAAGACAUUGGCUGCGAUCAGGAAAAAGAAAAGCUUGCUCAUUCAAGAACAUAGAAUCAAGAAAAGCACAGCAGAGAGUCGACCCAUUGUACCAAGGAAAUUUGACAAGGAUAGGGAAUUCACAACAAAGAGAAUGGGGAGGCAGCUAUCAAAAUUAGGAAUUGAUCCUAGUAGGGCAAUUGAACGGGCCCGAAGCAGAUCUGUCUCUAGGGGGCGGAAGAGAGAGAGAUCAGUUGACAGGGGUGAUAAUGAUGGUGGUGAUGCUAUGGAUGUGGAUACACCCAACAAGAAGCAGCGUAUGUUAUCUAGAUCCCAUUCAAGGUCUAGGUCAAGGCCUCCGACUGAAGUUGCCCCUGGAGAGGGCUUCAAGGACUCUAAUCAGAAGGCUAAGGCACUACAGAAGGCCAGGAAAUCUAAUAAGAAUAGAAACAAGGAUGCUCGUCGUGGAGAGGCAGAUAGGGUCAUUCCCACUCUAAAACCAAAGCACUUGUUCUCUGGAAAGCGCUCAAUAGGAAAAACCCAAAGGCGUUGAAAUAUUUGAGGAUGGUUGGUUUGUGCCUUUGCAGCAUGCACCGGGAAGUGUACUUGCUGAUGAGAAAGCACUUAGUUCUUUAAACUUGUGGUUCGUCUCGGCAGGGGAUUGCGGCAUGAAAGAUCAUGUAACCAGACUUUAUAGUUUCCGUAUUUAAUAUUUGUGUUUUUGGUUUUGAAUUUACACAGAAUUGUUUGUUUCUGUUCCCUUUCGCUUUCGUAAUUUGUAGUUUGACGUACUGUGAGACGUUGAAACUGCUGUUUCUUUUGCUUGCGGAAUGAAAAAGGUUCACUUUUUGGCA